AUGAAGAUCGAGGAAUUGGAUGACGCAGAGUGUUGUAGGGAAGAAGAAGAGAAUUUGGAGAGACAAAUCGUUAGGGUUGAUGCGAAGAGAGCGUUGGUUGGAGCAGGUGCGCGGAUUCUGUUUUAUCCAACACUUUUGUAUAACGUGCUGAGAAACAAAAUGGAAGCUGAGUUCAGAUGGUGGGAUCAAAUUGAUGAGUUUUUGUUGCUGGGUGCAGUACCGUUUCCUAAAGAUGUUCCUCAUUUGAAGAACCUCGGUGUUGGCGGUGUAAUUACUCUGAAUGAACCGUAUGAAACUUUGGUACCGUCUUCAUUGUAUCGUGCUCAUGGGAUUGAUCAUUUGGUAAUUCCCACAAGAGAUUAUCUCUUUGCUCCCUCAUUUGUGGAUAUCAACCGGGCUGUGCAGUUCAUUCAUUAUAAUGCUACUUGUGGUAAAACUACUUAUGUUCACUGUAAAGCUGGGCGUGGGAGGAGUACAACAAUUGUGCUUUGUUAUUUGGUUGAAUACAAGCACAUGACUCCUGCUGCUGCCCUUGAGUAUGUGCGGUCUCGAAGACCUAGAGUGCUACUAGCACCAUCACAGUGGAAGGCGGUUCAAAGUUAUAACAAUCAAAGACCUUCUCCUUUACCACACUCUCCUUCUGGAGACACAGUUCAGGCUGUUCAAUGUUAUAACAAUCAAAGACCUUCUCCUUUACCACACUCACCUUCUGGUGACACAGUUCUCAUAACCAAAGAUGAUCUUGAAGGCUAUCAUAGCACAUCUGAUACAAGUAUGGAGCUGGCUAUCGUGUCUAAAGUGCCAAAGACUAAGCCCAUGAUAGCACGACUAUCUUGCCUUUUUGCAUCCUUAAAAGUAUCAGGUAGUAGUGUUCCAAUGACAAGGCGGCUACCAGUUUCAGAGUCGCGUGCUUGCUAA